UGAGGCAAGAAGCCAAGAGGGUUCCUCCCAGACAGUAUAGAAUGAAUAUCUUGAACCCAGCUCCUCAGACUGAACAGUGUGUUCCUGCCUGUCCUGAAAACCUGCGGUUUCUCAGCUGCUAGGCUUUGAAAGCUGUCUCUCCAUACAAAAGGCAUUCCAAUGGAGCAGAGCUUGUUUCUUGGUAAUCGAAGGCCACGUCUGCUUCAGGUCUGGCUACUUACAUUCUGUGUUCUGCUUUGCCUCAGGGCUGGAGGUAAGUAUUGCCUCCACCCCCCAUCCCAGAAGAUUUAAAAGAAGAAUAAGCCACUGUUUUAGAUAGGUUGAAUCUAUUAGUAGCAGGAGAGAUAUACUUUGGGGUGGUAGGGAGGAAAUGCCUUCUGCCAAGAGUUUGCAAAUCCUUGCGAUGGGGUGAGCUUAGAGCUCAUUUCAGGACAGAGUUACGCUUCCAUUGAGCGAGGAAGCUGCUUUUCUUCUGGGAGCGCCAUCUUUGGGAAAAAGUUGAUUCUGUUGUCUGGGUGGAAUGUGUUGAUAGACUAAGUGCCCAGGAGCAUGCUAUGAAUCUGCAUAUAGUUUCCCCAUCUGCAGAGGUGUAAAUUUAGUCAGACUUUCUGAGGGGGAAAGAACCCUACCUCUCUAGGAUCUAUUCUGACAGCUAUGUGUGCCCACAGGAUUUUAUGAGUUGGGACAUUGAAUCAAUUGGUCCCUCCACAAUUGAAAAAAAGGGGUUUCGCUUGGCACUAUGCUUUUCAGUAUAUACAGGAAAGAAAAUAAAUAUAAAUGAGGAAGUGGUAGGAUUCCCAGGACUUCAGUCACCUUGUCUACCUCCUAAUGAAGCCCCAGAUUUGGUGACCAAUGUAUGAAGGUGAUGCUUUCGGGAAGAAACAAUAGAAUAAAUUUUUGUGCCUCCUACAACAGAUGCUGUGAAAUGCAGACUAUGCAGGUCAUUUCGUUCUGGCAUGCCAUGUGUACCAAAUGGUGUCACAUGUGACGGGUCAUUCUGUGUAAUGGCAGAAAGAGUUAAAGGUAAGGCAUCUUUUCUAUGUUCCUCUUUUUCUAUGCUGCAAUGAGCACUUGUCUCUUCUAUGCUCUGGUAACCUCUUCAUUUCUCUGAUGAAAAUGGGAAUAUCCCAUUCCACAAUGGCAAUUAUACUAUUUAUACCGCACACAGCUUACUGGGUUGCCCCAGCCACUCUGGGCAGCUUCUGACAUGCAUAAAAACAUAAUAAAACAUUAAACGUUUUUGAAAAAACUUCCCUAUACAGGAUUGCCUUCAGACGGCUCGGGAGUCCUCCUUACCCUCCAACAUUUAUCUGAUGAAAAUAGGGACAUCCUAAGAAAAGCGGGACAUUCCAGAAUCAAAUCAGAAACCAGCUUCUCAAAGUCAGGGACGUCCCUGCAAAAUAGGGAUACUUGGAGGGUCUGCUAGGUUAGACUACUGCAGUGCAUUACACGUGGUGCUGCCUUUGAAGACAGUUAGGAAAAUGCAGCUGGUCCAGAAUUCAGUGUGGGGAUGUUUAGGAUAGUUGGCAAGGAAAUAUUUCUUAAGUGUUAUCCUUCCUUCACUCCCACUAGUGAGUGAUGUAGCAGAGCAAAUCCCCUUCUGUACUCAUGGAAGCUAGUUGAUAGAUUCCUUUGAAUCUCCACAAAAUGACUAAUCCACUCUGGCUUGCCCAGAUGGAUUAUUUCUGGUGUCUCCUUUUCUCCCUCCUAAAAUAUAAUAAAGACUCACAAGUCUGUCUUUAAAAGUAUAACAAUAAGUUUACUCACAAGUUGUUCACAGUACACAUCCUGGAAGGCAGGCUUUAAGCUUCAGGUUACAAACAUACAAUGUGGCUUACAUCCUUUGUGAGGAUGGGCCCAAGUGCUGCUAGCUGAGAGCCAGCAGCCAACAAAAUGGAGGGGACUGAAUUGAACAGAGCUGAGACAAAAUGGCUGCGUGACUCUGCUUUUAUAGAGUCACACUCAUUUGCUGAGUCACUUAUGGGGGAACACACAUCCCACAUUCAGCUGUCAGACUACUCACCGGGGCAAGACAGUUUGAGCAUAUAACACCAAUCCUGGCCUAAUUACACCAACAGCCAAUCAGUUUUUGGACCCAAUUCGAAGCGCUGGUUUUAACCUAUAAAACCAUACAUGGCUCAGGACCUCAAGGAGGGCCACUCCCAUAUGUAUUGACCUCCUGGACCCUGCAGUCAUCAUCUGAGGCCCUUCUCUAUGUGCUUUCUAUGCAGGAAGUAAUACAAAAAUGAUCCUUUUCUGCAGUGGCUUCCCAUUUGUGGAAUGCUCUCGCCAGAGAGGCUCUCCUGGCACCAUCAUUAUAUAACUUUAGAUGCCAAGCAAAAACAUUCCACUCCUCCCAGACCUUUGGCUAAUUAAACAGUCUAUGGCCUUUCAUAAUGUGUGUGUGUGUGGGGAGGUUCUUUGUUUUCAUUUGUUAUUAUGGUAUGUAUGUUUGUGUUUUUAUAUUGUAAGGCACCCAGUGAUCUUUGGACGGAAGUUGGUAUAGAGAGUUAAUAAAGAAUAAGAAUAACCUUGAGCAGAUCAGGAUGUAUGCUUAAUAAAUGGAAGAGCCCAAAGUUUUGCUAGUGCAUAAUAAAAUUACUGUGCAUAAUAAAUUUACUACAGCAGUUAUGAUUUUCUGGUCAGGCUCUAAGUUCUCUUGGUAAUGUAAGGAGUAACAUCUUCCUAAAAAUCACUGCAACCCCGCCUCCCCACCCACAAGGCCUGGGUUGCUGUGCGUUAGAGUAACCUGGUGGACAAGCAGCGGCAAGGACAGGUCCAUCUGCUUCAUCCAACCAAGUCUCUGUUACACAUGCUGAGGCAUCUGAUCAAAAUCUGCUUUGAGCUUAAAAAAUUAUAUUUGUAAAUAUAUUUUUCUCUCAUGCCAGGGAAAGACCAGCUGAAUACUCUGGCAGCUGUUCAAGGGCCCCACUGCUAUAAAUAGCAGUAUUUCAGGGUUGUAAAAAGUAUUUCAGGGUUGUAAAAGGAAAUUACAGGCUGAGAGCAAAAAGGUCACACUGACCAGAAUACAAUCAAGCUGCAAAAACACAAUUAAGAGCUGGUAAAUAGUGAAAUUUAUUGUUUAACAGAAGACUCGAGCCAUAAGGUUAAAGGUUAAAUUGAAGAGGUUGCUUUUAGAAACAGCUGGUUAGGGAAAAAGGCUUCUCUCCAAACUGUUUUGAAGCUUCAGAGAAUUUAGAGAACUUAAGAGAACUUAGCUUUUACUAAAUUCCUUUAAUUUGAAAAGGCCUUUCCUUCUAAAAAUCUAUCUAUGUUAUGUAUGAAAUAUAUUGGCUUAAAUGUAAUUAUGCAAAGGAUUUAGAAAGUAAGAAAUGUUAGAUUCUUAUGUUAGAUUCCUAUUAUGGUGGGUGAGAAGGUGAACUCAAGAUCUCUUUAAGAUAAAAAAAUUAAAAACCAUGCACCAUCUGCUUUAGCCAUCUGGUUUGCAGGGAAUAGGGCAACAGGGGCCAAAGGUUAUCUGGUAAUUGAGGUGCCUGGUCGAGGUAAAUGUAAGAUAUAUGGCUACUUGUCUGCCAUUUAUGGAUACAAGGAAAUAUAGCUCUUUGUCUCCCAUAAAAGGAAAUAGGAAAUGGGUGUAUCUUUUAUGAUUGGUUCUAGCAAACAACCAAUAGGAAUUUCAACCAGGCUGAUUGGAUAGAGGCAGCCAAAGGAGGAGCAAGGGGGCUGGGCUGAGGAAAUAUAAGUGCUGGCCAUCAGGGCUGGAGUAGGCAGAGCUUUGGUAUCCAUAUACCACUGUGUCUCUCAUUUAUUUGUCUGACAAAUAAAUUAUUAUUUUAAUUUCUCUAUUGCUGCGUUGAAUAUUUCAUUCCAGCUAAGCGUUAACCACAAGCAGGGUGCUACAAUGCCAGGUUAAGUCCUCCAUCCAGUCAUGGAUGGCAGUGGUCUUAUGAAUCAUUGACCUGGCAUUGCAUAGCAGCACCUUCAGGUCAUGUGGGUAUCCCUUGCUGAUUCCAGUAUCCGUCUGGACAUGGAGGCAGGGAUAGUCCUCAAACAACGACUAAACCUGCCUCCUCGGUAAUGACAUGGUCUGGUCUUAGCAUAACUCCUCCUCCUGCCCAUGAUCACUGAGAUCGGUUGUCCCAGUGCAUCCCCCCCCCCCCCGGAACCUGCCCCAGCCAUUUUGUUGGCUGGGACCCACUCCCAGGCAGCCCUGACCCCUCCCACUAAGAAGCAAAUAAAACUUAAUUAAAAAACAACACAAAAACCAAUACAAACCAAAAACAGUAAAAAUUACAAACAUACCAAAAUUAAACAUUCCGAAACCCGACUAAACAUCCAUCCCACCCCCCACACACCAAAAAUAAUUUUAAAAGGUAAAAACAGAAUUUUUAAAAAACAUUUUUAAAAGAACUCUGUGCUGUUCUGAGUUCUCCUGGGCAACAACAGCAGCAGCGGCAACAGUCCCUAUGAGGCCUGUCAGGCCCCGCCUAGGCCAGGUGGUGAGUGGCAGGGACAGAACCUGCAGGCACUCACAGCAGGGGAGUCCUCUGAAAAACACCAGACAUUUCCAAUGAAAAUGGAGUAUUAGAAGCAUUUCCCCAACUCCAUUUUGAACAUGUGGAUUCAAUUGUGCAGGUGGGGAGAUUCAUGGACAUAUCAAUGCAAGACAGACUGUGCAACAGUCUUCCAGCAGUACUGGAAGAGCUGCUUCAUUAGAGUCUUGAAUGCCAGCUAUAUUCUUAUAUUAAACCACAUUACAUACAGGGACCUUGCUCAAGAAGAUGAAAUGUUGGAGAAGGGCAGGAAAGUAAGGUUUCUGCUUCAAGGAACUAACUGGCAUGUCACUUGGAAAGUAGCCUAUUUUUCAGUCUGAAGGAAAGGUAUUUCGGAUUUAUCCUUGAAAACAGCGGUGGAGUUUCUGAGAUUUGAGGGUUUGUUUUAUUUAGACAUGUAUUUUGCACAUGUUUUAACAUUAUUUUAUUUUAAUGUUGACACUUUAGUAGUUUUAGCAUGGGAAAAAUCAGUUUUAGGUAUGCAUUUGUCAAUGGAGCUUAAAAUGGAAUUUAUUUCAAUGUGCUGUGAGCUUUGUCUGUUCUUUUGGUAUGAACUAUGGACUCGACUUACUAGUUAGUAUCAACAUAAGCACUUCUCUUUCUCUCGCCAGAUCCAAGAAAUAAGUUGCAGAUCAAAUUUUGUGGCGAAGGUCAUUAUGAAAAAUUCUGCGGACUAGAAGAGACAACAGAAGAUAAA